GUUAUGGUGGUGUAAAAAAAAAAACAAGACAAAUCAUCCUUCCAUUGAAACCUUUUUAAUCUUUAAAUCCAAUCAUUUCAUCGAAAUCUUCAAUUAAUUAUUAGAAUUCUUUUAUUUAUCCUCCCUCCCCCACUCCCACUCUUCCAAUAAGUUUCUUGACGUAUUUUCCCUAGUCCCCCCUCCCCACCCCCAACUCCUUAUCCCUGUAAAAAAGUAAGUCAUACGUUCCUCUAUUUCAUUUUUUUUCCUCUUCUUCUUUUUUUUUUUCUUCUCUCCCUCCUCUAACUUUAAUAACAUUACCAUUCAAUAUUUCCUUCCUCUUUUUUCUAAUGGAAACACGCUAACCGGUAUUUUAAUCAUCAGUAACGUCUCGUACCUCGAACGGAGUAGUAUCGUUUUGUAGUUUCUUCUCUAAGUGUUUACGUUUCGUUUUUCGUUUCUUUUUUUUUUCUUUUAAAUUUAUUUUCUAUUUUUUCUUUCUUUUCUCAUAUAUAUAUAUAUAGAAGAAGUGUGUUUGUGUUCAAGUAUUCAGUGUAAUCGAGAGGAACUACUGUUGCAUAAACGAACUGCAUCACACACACACACAUACACAAACACAUACUGUUCAAUUAUACCUCGAUCGAAUUUGUUUUCGUUAUUUUUAUUUUUUCGUGUGAUCGAAUAUAAAUAAAAUAAAAAGAAAUAUAUAACUGUUCGUAAAUCAAUGUGACUAAAGUGUUCGUGUUUUGAAUUAUUAUUAUUAUUAUAUAAGAAACAUUGUUUUCAAUUAUUAUUAUUAUAAUAAAAGAACACUGGUACUGUGGUUUGAUUUUCUUAUUGUCGAAAAGUAUAUUACUGGGUACCACGAAGAUGAUGUUCCAGGUUGUAAUAGUGUUGUAUUUUACUGUGCUAACCACCGGUGCACCACCAGGGUCGUCCAUGAUAUACGCCGACGAUAAAGUGCAAACUUAUCUGACAAAGUUUGGAUAUUUACCGGACAGCAAUCCGGAAACCGGUAAUCUCAGGACGGAAGAUCAAUUGAGGGACGCCAUUAGAAAUUUACAAAGAUUCAGUGGUAUUCCGGUUACUGGGGAGAUCGACGAUGCCACGCGUAAAUUGAUGAAAGCACGACGUUGUGGUCUAGCCGAUAGACAGAAUCCACGAUACUCAAGGACGAGACGCAAACGUUUUACGAUUCAUGGACAACGGUGGCCGUAUCGGAAUCUCACUUGGAGUUUGAGAACCAAUCAACCAAGCGGCCUGGAAACUGGUGGAGUUCGACUGGAAUUGAGCAAAGCACUCGACCUUUGGGCCAGAAAUUCGAAACUUACUUUUCAGGAAGUUAACAGUGACCGUGCUGACAUAUUGGUUUACUUCCAUCGUGGUUCUCAUGGUGAUGGAUAUCCAUUCGAUGGAAGAGGACAAAUUUUGGCCCAUGCAUUUUUCCCUGGCAAAGAUCGUGGCGGGGAUGCACAUUUCGAUGAAGAAGAAAUUUGGUAUCUUCAGGACAACAGCAAUGAGGAAGGAACUAGCCUAUUCGCCGUAGCAGCUCACGAAUUUGGUCAUUCCCUUGGGUUAGCACAUAGUUCUGUUCAAGGAGCUCUAAUGUAUCCUUGGUAUCAAGGAUUGAGUCCUAAUUACGAGCUACCAGAAGAUGAUAGACAUGGAAUACAACAGAUGUAUGGUGCUCCUGAAGAAAAAUUAUGGGGCAAUAUACCGGGUGGACCAUUCCCACCAGAAAGGCCAACACCCCCAACUACGACGACAACGACAACUACGACAACAAUGAAACCAGCAACGACUUACAGACCCUGGAGAACGCGACCAACGAGACCCAAUCACUAUCCAGACUAUGGUAGACCUAGAAGACCAGAUCGUUAUCCGUCGAAACCAGAUUACAGAACUGAGAGGCCGGACUAUCGACCCCAGAGACCCCACAAACCUCAUAGACACCACACUACCACAAUCCCGACAAUGACGACUACUACUGGUAGACCAACGAUUUCUCAAAGACCUAGGUUUAGGUGGACACAAUCACCUAGGAAUGAUAUUCCUAAUAAAUGUGACACCACUUAUGAUGCUAUUAGCAUUAUUCGUAGAGAAGUGUUCAUAUUCAAAGGACGUUAUCUAUGGAGGAUCGGUGACAAAGGAUUAUACGAAGGCUACCCAGCAGAAAUAACGAGGUUGUUCAAUUUACCAGAAGAUAUUGACCACGUGGAUGCAGUUUACGAGAGGCCAGACAAGAAAAUAGUAUUUUUCAUAGGGAAACAAUAUUACGUCUUCAUUGCCAAUAAUCUCGAAUCGGGAUAUCCAAAACCAUUGACGGUUCUUGGUCUUCCAGCGUCGUUGGAAAAAAUUGACGGUGCUAUGAUUUGGGGACACAACAGUAGAACUUAUUUCUUCAGCGGUUCCAUGUAUUGGAGGUUCGACGAAUCAGUUAAUUAUGUUGAACUGGAUUACCCAAGAGAUAUAAGUAGUAAUUUUGGUGGCGUUGGAAACGACAUCGAUGCUGUGUUUCAAUGGAAAGAUGGCAAGACUUACUUCUUCAAAGGUAAAGGUUUCUGGUUGUUUGACGAUCUCAGGAUGAAAGUCGCUCAUGAGAAACAAAAACUCUCAGCACCCUUUUGGAUGGGAUGUCCACGUAAAUUAGAAACCAACGAUGUUGAAAAUAAUAUUCCUAGGAAAGCAAAGAUCGUCAGUUCGUCAGCGGAUUCCAUUGUUUCAAGGCUCACUCCUAUUAUUUUCACUUUUAUAGCUUUCGUCUUUGUACUUGUGUAAUAGUCAAAAUAUCUUUCAAAUAAGAAAGAAGAAGAAACAGAAAGAUGAAGAACGUAUACGAAAAAUUGUUACAUCUUCGAAGAAUAAUUAUACCAAAUAUAUAUAUAUAUAUAUUUACAGUGCUUUUUCUUUAUGGUGUAACGCACUGGAACGGCGUUCAGGCACCUUUCUUUUUUUGUUUUUUUUUUACCUAAUUCAAACCUAAUUGUUUGAAAAAAGUAAUAUAGGUAUAAUUCUUU